AGCUAUGCUAAGAUGCUAAGAUGCUAAGAUGCUAAUAUGAUUGAAAAAGUAUUUUCUUAAUAAAACGUUAUAAUCUAUUAAAACAAAAGCGCUUCUGAGGAACGUUUGAAGAGAACUGAAGAUGAGCGCCUUCGGUCAGAACGGGCCGGUGUUUUUAAGAACCUAUGGCAAACAGAAGCGCAAAGUGGAACAGUGGUUCUCUCCGGACGUGAGAAAGAAAGCCUUUUCCUUCUCCACCACGCCCUCGUCCGACCCGUCCAUCGCGGAGUUCGACCGUCCGACGGAACGGCGAAGCAAAGUGAAGAAGGCUUCGGCUGAAUCCAGGACCCUGCGUCUGGCUAAGCAGCGGGCGCUGAAUGCCUUGAAGGAGCUGGACAGCGACGAGGAGAAUUCUUUCGUUCCGGCUCCCUCCGCCAGGAGGAAGACGUGCGCCAGACCGGUCAGGAAGGCCGCGGCCGCCAAGAAGGCGUUGGACGUGAGCGGUUUGAGCACCGGCGGCGAGGAACGGGCCGGCCGGCGCGCGACGAAGGCCAGAAAGCUCGUUCUGAGCAGCAGCAGCAAUGGAAAUAACUCGUCUGGGACGCAAAAGCGUACAGAGCCGAGAUCGUCCACCGCGGCGCCCUCGCUCGGCAGAUUCGUUACUCAGCGCAAGAGAGCACAGAACACCCAGCCUGAGAAGCGAACCCAUAACCCUCUGUUCGGAGUCCCGAGUCCCGCCUGGGUCGCCCCCUCGCGGUCCGACCGCCUCACGAGACGCGAGACCCGGAAGCAGAACGUCGAGGCCCCGCCCUCCGUCUCCUCACUCAGCUCCCUCGACGGCAGUUCGGGCGGCGUGCUGAACGGCGGCGAGGAGUGGGCGGAGUCCUGCAAGCACCCCCUGCUGUGCAGCACCCCGUCCGUGGGCGAGAGGCGGAGCCCGAGCCGCCACGAGCCCUCCGUCAUCGAGAUCUCGUCCUUCAGCUGCGACGAAUCGAGGAACGGAGGCGACGCCAGGGCGUCGGUCAGGGCGUCGGUCAGGGCACCGAGUACGUGGAGGUCGAGCCUGGCGCGGGAAGCUUCCAUACGAAACCACGAGACGGAACGAUCAGAGCCGGGUGGAAACGCGCAGAAGGACGACGAGGACGCUCGGAUGCACCUCGACUCUCAGACGGAGACGCCGAAAGAGAGGUGUCCUUCGGUCAGUGGUGUCGUCUCGCAGGAAGAACCGGACAUCAUAAACACGACCUCCGAACGAGCUGCGGAUAAGCAUCGGGAACCGCAGAACCCGUCCUGGUCCAACUCGGAGCUGGUCGAGAGGUCCACCCCUUCCAGCCCAAGCGGACGAACCUACCAAACGGCAUUAGAGGCGUCCACCGACGCUGCGUCCGACUCCCGCUUCAAACCUCUCUAUCUGAGCUCGUCGUCCUUUCCCUCGCCUCUCCCGGCUCCUCCUCGGGCGCUGAUCGACCGCCUUAAAAUCGAGUGCCUGUCCUCCUGCCUGGCCGUCCGCCUCCGACCUCUGAGCCCGAGCGUCCUCCGCGAGGACGAGUCGGCCAGGGAGCCGGACGAGGUACCGGUCAAACCCCCCGCCCUGCAGGCCGCGCCCAAAGAGCGCACGGGUCCCGGGACCAGCCGGAGGGCGUGCGUGAGCGGCCCGAGCGCCAGCCGGUGGUCCAGGCGGGGGGCGGGCCAGCGGGACGGGAGAGCCGACGAGAGCACCUCUCUGAACUACCUCCUGCCGGCCGGGGUCGACACGGACGCCGGGGCUUCCGUAUGCGGCUGGCUGCAGGACAGCAGGGUGCUCGGCCUCCCCGUGACCCCUCUCCGGGCGGAACAGCUCAACCUGUCCUCCAUCCUGGCCAACUUCAGCCCGGACGCGCUGACCACGCACAGCUGGGGGCGGCUCAAAGCCGCGCUCUCCGUCCACAAGAAGAAGACAGCGAUCCCGACCCCGCGCCGGCUGGCCCUGUCCGAUCUGGCGUCUCCGGGGGCGAUGGACGCCAGUCUGGAGCUCUUCGACGCCUCCGUCCCGGUCGCAGCCUCUCGUCGCCCGUCCACGACGUUCCACGACGGAGACCUGAGCGACGGCGAGAAGGUGUACCACGAGUGCCAGCAGGACGGCCCGCUCUCGUUCCAGGACUGCAUCCCGCCGGAACGCCUGAGGAAGAUCGGAGAGGGGACGUUCGGGGAGGUCUUCUCCACGCUGGACGCCUCCGGUCGAACCGUGGCUCUCAAAAUCAUUCCGGUAGAAGGUCGGCACAUGGUCAACGGAGAGGCGCAGAAAAGCUUCGGCGAAAUUCUACAUGAAAUCAUCAUCUCCAAGGAACUGAGCAUGCUGGACUGCAAGGAGGACAACCAGACCGACGGGUUCAUCGGCCUUAACGACCUUCACUGUGUGCGCGGGCGCUACCCUGACGCCCUGCUCAGCGCCUGGGACCGGUUCCACCAGGAGAAGGAAUCUGAGAACGACAGACCCGAUUUCUUCAGCGAGGAGCAGCUCUUCGUCAUCCUGGAGUUCGAGUUCGGGGGCAGCGAUCUGGAGAACAUGAGUGGAAAGCUGUCGUCUUUAGCUCAGGCUAAAAGCAUCCUACACCAGGUCACUGCAGCGCUGGCCGUGGCCGAACAGGCUCUGUGCUUCGAACACAGAGAUCUGCACUGGGGAAACGUCCUGGUGAGAACCACCAAGGAGAAGCGGAACCGGUUCGUCCUGAGCGGCGCCGAGCGCUGGGUGGAGACCCGCGGCGUCCACGUCAACAUCAUAGACUACUCGCUGUCGCGCCUGGAGAUCGACGGACUCACGGUGUCGUGCGAUAUAUCGAACGACCAGGAGCUGUUCAUGGGUCAGGGCGAUUAUCAGUUCGAGAUCUACCGGCUGAUGAAGAAGGAGAACGGUAACUGCUGGGCUGAUUAUAACCCCCACUCUAACGUGUUAUGGCUGCACUAUCUGGCGGACAAGCUGCUGUCCAUGAAGUACAAGAGCAAGCCGCAGACGGGUCAGCAGAGAGCCAUGAAGAGCAGCCUGAAGUCCUUUCAGCUGGACCUACUCCAGUACGGCUCGGCCACGGACGCGCUCACACACUGCACUCUGUUCAAGUGAACACACACACACACACACACACACACACACACGGUGCGUUUUAUACAGAAGCCUGGGGACGGUUGAUCACUGUACGAACUCUGAGCGAUUUUUGUACGAAGAUUUGAGUAGCGAAUAAAGAACGUUUCUUCUCACA